UGGGAAUAGUAAAAAAGCGUAAUAAAGCCCGUUGUGCGUGAGACAAGCGUGACAAGUGAUAGGGUUUGGCAGUGCGCUCAGAGUUCUUUAUUCGAUAGUCUGCUUUUGUAUCGUGCGGCAUAUUCUCGACCACAUUCCGACAUUCAGAGUAAGGCGGUUAGUUGAAACCGUUAAAACUUUGCUUUCCGUGCCGCGAGGGUGUGACUCUGUGAAUUAAAGUGCGAUAUUUAUAGAAGAAAGGAAGAAUCAGGGCUCGUCCACGUUUCGUUGCAGAUCACGCAUAGUGAACCUUAAAAGCAAAAUGUCGCUGUAUCCGUCCCUGGAGGAUAUGAAGGUUGAUCGCAUGAUCAAGGCUCAACUUCUAGCGGAUCAACAUUACAUUCCGCAUCCGCCUCAGGUGCCACAAAAUCCUCUCCCACAGGCAGCUAGUUGUCCUUCAGCUCCGGAGCAUCACAUUCUUUAUCCAGCUCUUGGCGAUUAUAUGGGAUUGGAACUUAGUGAAGAUGUGAUAGCUGCCAAUAUGCCUGAGUAUGCAGUUGUCAAUCGACAGUCGACUGCCUUGGCACCGCAAGCUCCAUCAACUGGAAGCUUAUCUGGUAUGAUUGCUCCCCUGUCCGGAAAUUCUUUGGGUCUGCAGAGAGCACACGUCACCAAUGGCAUUCGAGAGCUGACUCUUUGCAAGGACAAAGAUGGGAAAAUCGGCAUGAGAGUACACUCUGUGAAUAACGGAGUGUUUGUUUGCCUCGUGAGUCCAAACUCUCCGGCAUCUAUGGCAGGUCUACGUUUUGGCGAUCAAGUAUUGGAAAUAAACGGAGUCACUGUGGCUGGUUACUCCAUGGAUCAGGCGCAUAAGCUGUUGCGCAAAGCUCCUAAUAAUGGUAUCAAAGUCAUAGUUAGAGAUAGACCAUUUGAAAGGACAAUCACAUUGCACAAGGACAGCGUUGGCCAUAUCGGCUUCCAAUUCAAAAAUGGAAAAAUCACUACAUUGGUGAAGGACUCUUCAGCUGCUAGAAAUGGGCUAUUGACUGACCAUCAACUGCUUGAAGUUAAUGGCAAGAACGUGAUUGGGUUGAAGGACAAAGAAAUUGGUGCUGAAAUUGAAAAUGGUGGUGAUAUCAUAACUAUCACAAUUAUUCCUUCCUACAUUUACGAGCACAUGAUAAAAAAAAUGUCCGGCAGCUUAUUGAAAUCGGGAAUGGAUCACUCCAUUCCUACUGCUUAAAGGACGGCAGUGGUGAUUCGAGACCAUAUUUUUCCACUUUCAAUUAAAUCUAACCCAAGUAUAUAAUCAAGCGAUAAGAAACACGUCAUAUUUACUUGAAUUCAUUAUUAUCAUAUAACCGCUGGUUAUUGAGUUAUCUUUUGCCAUUCACUGUAAUGAUGGUCAACUGAAAAUAUGAAUUGCAUUGGUAAGGAAUCAGCGAAUGGUAACGAAGGCGUUUAACUUUGUGAAUCAACGAAAUUCGUU